GCCCUAUGUUUCUGGGAAAGAGUAUACUACUAGAUAUCGUCGCUUCAUGCCCAGGUACUGAAACAGACCAGCACGAUUGUCGAUUAUACUAGUCCGUACUACUAGAAGGCUAACAGAAGUAGUAGAAGUGGCAGGCACUGACUGAUCUUUGGACUAGUAGGCCGGCAUUGAGAUUUGAGAGCUGUUUGCAUUUGACGAGAGAAGUCUGGUUGUUUUUUGUGUUUCAAGAUCAUGGCCAAGAUUGUGAUUGGAAAAGAUGGAGAUGAGGUGUCCUCUCAUCUCUGUCAGGCCAUUGAGAAGCAGUAUGAGUCGUACGACCCGUCGGGAUCAAGGCCGUUCGUCAUUGGGUUGUCGGGCGGAUCGUUGCCCAAAUUCUUCGCGGCAGGUGCGCCCCAGAUGACCAAAAUCAAUUGGAACAAGGUCAAGUUCAUCUUUUGCGACGAGCGUCUCGUCAGCUUUGACGAUCCCGAGUCCACCUUCAAGGUCUACAGGGAGACAUUCAUUUCCAAGGUCAACGGAGUGACCAAGGAUCAGUUUGUGGUCAUUGAUCCAACCAAGGACGUUGAAGCUUGUGCUCAAGACUACCAAGAGCAACUAGCUCAAUUGGACAGUCCCCAGGAUGGCUCAUUUCCGAUAUUUGACGUACUGCUCUUGGGCAUGGGACCUGAUGGUCAUACCUGCUCCUUGUUCCCGGGUCAUCCUCUUUUGGAUGAGCAAUCCCGGAUUGUGGCUUCUAUUUCGGACAGUCCCAAGCCACCACCUAAUCGGGUGACCUUGACUUUGCCCGUGUUGAACAAAGCUCGGGCUUGUAUUUUUGUCUCCACAGGUGAAGGCAAGAAAGAGAUCCUUAAGAAGAUCCUCGAGGAUAAGGAGGAUUUCCCGGCAGGGCGUGUUAAGCCCGAGACAGGGACUCUCACGUGGAUCUUGGAUGCUCCGGCAGCAUCUCUUCUCAAACUAUAAUCUGGAUUUUAUCAUGCUGUUUCUAAAUAUACUCGUUGAAACGAA